GGCGACGGCGGAGUGCGUCACACCCGGAAGCGGCGAGCCGGAAGUGGAGCUGGGCAGGUUACCCCGGGGGGAAGCGGAGGCCGAGGAGGAGGGGCCGAGGCGCUGGAGGGUCCUGGCUGCUCCUCCGAAUCCGAUCCCGAUCCCGAUCCCGGUCCGGUCGUCUUAGAGCUCGGAGACACCGGGAAGGCCGCUUCCUGCCCCGCCGCCCUCUGCCCUCUCCGCAGCCUCAGCCAUGGCCGAGGCAGGAGCCGGGCUGAGUGAGACCGUCACGGAGACCACCGUUACCGUGACAACUGAGCCCAAGGCGCACCACAGGCUCAGAGUCGGGGCGGGGGACCCCGGGGCGCCCCCUGGGUCGGGAAGCACCUGACGGACGGCCGCCCGUGAGCGCCCCUCGAGGACACCAGGGCAUGAUGUGGGAGUCCGAAGAGGAGAACCGGAGCCUGACCAUCAAACUGCGGAAACGGAAGCCAGAGAAGAAGGUAGAAUGGACGAGUGACACUGUGGACAAUGAGCACAUGGGGCGCCGCUCAUCCAAAUGUUGCUGUAUUUACGAGAAACCUCGGGCCUUUGGCGAGAGCUCCACUGAGAGUGAUGAGGAGGAAGAGGAAGGCUGUGGUCAUACACACUGUGUUCGGGGCCACCGCAAAGGACAGCGUCGUACAACCCCAGGACCAAGCCCCACCAGCCCUCCGCAGCCUCCUGACCCCUCCCAGCCCCCUCCAGGGCCAAUGCAGCACUAAAUUCCUCUCUCCCCCACCACUCCUGUGUUUGUCUGGCCCUGACUGUAUUCAUGUGGCUACCUGGGGACUAAACCCACAUGGUUUGAUCCCUCUCCAGCCCUUCUCCCUGCUCCUCUGCCUGACGGAGGGAAGAUAGGAGGGUCCACAGAGAUCCUGGAAUUCUAACUUGCUGCUAUUCCAGAGCCCAGACUUUUGGGUUCCCCCAGCCCUCGUUUCUCCUUCCAGUAUUCAUCCUCUGCUCUCCAGGGAUUCAGGCGUCACGGUCCUCGUCUCUCCCCUUCGUUCUCACUGCCAAACUACCUGUCCUAGGAUCCAAUUAUCGUGUGUGGCCCCUUGCAUUCUUUCCUGGAGUCCCAAACGCUGAAAUGGGGUUUUCAGCUGCCCCGGCUUUCACUGCCAGGGUCCCUGUCAGAUUGGGGGCAGUGUUCCCCAGCUAUGCCUGUUAAUCCUGGCUCAGAGUUCUUCCAGUUACAUAUUUAUAUCACCCGAAGUCCUCGUCCUUACCUGUGGGAUCCAAGGUCUCCCAGGAGACCUGAGGGCUCCCGGCAAGCUCCCGACCCUUCCCCUCUCCUGUCCUCCUCCCUCAUGCCCUCCAGAGGAGCUGAGGGAGAGAGGUCUGUGCUUUCUCAUCUUUAAUGGGAGAUGUAAAAGGAAACAGGUAUGGCCUCUUCUCACCCUUCUCAUAAGAUAAAGGAUUGCCAACACUUGAAGACUGGUCACUUAGAGCCAACAAUCUCCUCCGUCUUCUGGCAUCAGAGACCAAUCCUACACAGUCCCAGGGCCCUGGGUCCCUGAGAGAGGAAAGAAAAUGCAGGGAGCACAGAGAAGGGGCAUGUCCCAGACAGUACCCUCAUCCUCCUGCCUUCCAAAGCCCAGAUGUCCAGCUCUCUGCCCUUCCCACUCCUUACUGGGAUCUUGACAUUUUCUAGGCCUCUGUGCCAUGCACAGUUGCAGAGAUGAGUCAAAUCCAUACCACCACUGAGAUCUCAUUUAUUGCCACAGAUGCACAAAAUAAAUAACCCAACAUCACAAAA